AUGAACCCCGAAUUCGACAACAUUGGCAAGUCCUUUGUCGCCCACUACUACCAACAGUUCAAGGAGAACCGCCCCAACCUGGUCUCACUCUAUCAGGAUGACUCGCUCAUGUCCUUUGAGGGUUCCCAGGCCCAGGGCCUUCAGGGCAUUCACGAAAAGCUCAAGAGCCUCUCCUUUGGCACAGUUGAGUUCAGCUUCACAGAGAUUGAUUGCCAACCUCGCGCUGAUGGCGGCAUUGUUGUUGGUGUCCUGGGCCAAAUCCAGCAACAUGCACAAUCGUACAGCAAACAGAUUCAGAUUCGGCUGGACUUGUGA